GAGGUUUGAGCUCCGCCGCGCACCGUAGCCAGGGCUCUUCCCACCCUCUGCUGUCGCCAGGUCCGGGCGUCGAGAUGGCGGCUCCCCUCCCCGCGCGGAGCCGGUUUGUGGUGGUGGGAGGGGGGAUUGCGGGAGUCACCUGCGCCGAGCGGCUGGCUACAGAAUUUCCAUCAGAAGAGAUUCUCUUAGUAACAGCUUCUCCGGUUAUAAAAGCAGUAACAAAUUUCAAACAGGUCUCCAAAACACUAGAGGAAUUUGAUGUUGAAGAACAACCAAGCACUAUGUUAGAAAAACGGUAUCCCAACAUUAAAGUUAUAGAGUCUGGAGUGAAACAGUUGAAAAGCCAGGAGCAUAAAAUUUUCACAGAAGAUGGCAAACAGUGUAUAUAUGAAAAACUUUGCCUAUGUGCAGGAGCAAAACCUAAGUUAAUUUUUGAAGAAAACCCAUAUGUAUUAGGAAUCCGGGAUACUGACAGUGCUCAGGCCUUUCAGAAUCAUUUGGCUAAAGCUAAAAGAAUAGCAGUUGUGGGAAAUGGUGGCAUUGCACUCGAAUUAGUGUAUGAAAUUGAAGGAUGUGAAGUGCUUUGGGCCAUCAAAGACAAAGCCAUUGGGAAUACUUUCUUUGAUGCGGGAGCAGCUGAAUUCCUUAUUCCAAAGCUAACAGCUGAGAAAUUAGAGACUGCAAUUGCAUGUAAAAGAACCAAAUAUACGACAGAAGGAAGUGAGAAGGAAGAAGGAAGUGUGGCAGCAGCUGACAAACUUGGCACUGCCUUAGGCCCUGAUUGGCAUGAGGGCCUACAUCUUAAAGGAACUAAAGAGUUUUCUCACAAAGUUCACAUUGAAACACUGUGUGAAAUAAAGAAAAUAUAUCUUCAGCAAGAAUUCAAGCAGCUGCAGAAGACCUCUUUGUCUUUUCCUAAAGACAAUUCAGAUAACCAGAAUGCACACCCAGAUGAAGAGCUGUGGCCUGUAUAUAUGGAAUUAACCAAUGGGAAGAUAUAUGGCUGUGAUUUCAUUGUCAGUGCAACUGGAGUUGUGCCAAAUGUUAAGCCAUUUCUUGAUGGUAAUAAUUUUUCUCUAGGUGAAGAUGGCGGUCUGAAAGUGGAUAAAUAUAUGCACUCUUCAGUAGCAGAUAUCUAUGCAGCAGGGGAUAUCUGCACUGCAUCGUGGGAACCUAGUCCAGUGUGGCAACAGAUGAGGCUUUGGACCCAAGCUAGACAGAUGGGAUGGUAUGCAGCAAAGUGCAUGGUAGCAGAUUUUUUAGGGGAAUCUAUUGACAUGGACUUCAGUUUUGAACUCUUUGCUCAUGUUACAAAAUUUUUCAAUUAUAAGGUGGUGCUUUUGGGAAAGUACAAUGCUCAGGGUUUGGAUUUAGACCAUGAACUAAUGUUGAGGUGCACCAAAGGGCAAGAAUAUGUUAAAGUGGUGAUGCAGAACGGACGAAUGAUGGGAGCUGUAUUGAUCGGUGAAACAGACUUAGAAGAAACCUUUGAAAACUUGAUUUUAAAUCAGAUGGAUCUUUCAGCAUAUGGGGAAGAUCUUCUAAAUCCAAAUGUUGACAUAGAGGAUUAUUUUGACUGAAACAAAAACACUGCUCUCCAUGAUUUUAUUUAGAGUUUGGACUUUCCGUGCUGUGGUUUAUAUAACAAUUUACAGAAAUUAAGUAACCAGGUGUAAUUACAAUUCUGGAGUGAAGAUACUGUGCUGGUGCUGCCAGGCACUAAGAGGCAGUUGGGAGAUAUGUGCUGAAAUGGAGCAGCACAAAAAAAAGUAAAAAAUUUUUUGGCAUAUCAGGGCAAAGUGUAUAUAAGUCUACUGUAAAUCAGAUUGAGAGUUUUUUUUAAAAACAGGAAUUUUUCACAUUUUAGUAAUAUAGUACUUGAAAACCUCCAACUGCUUCAACCUAAUUGGAAUUAUAUAGUGUUUGACAACUGGCUUUUCCUUCCUUGUCAUUCUUAACCUAACAAAUCCAGUGUGGUGGGAGUACUGCGCUGGCUUGUCCUAGAAGUGCCUGAUAGCAACUUUGGGCAGGUAGAGCACAAAGGCAUUUAAAGAAAGAGGUAGCAGUCACUGCAUUUUCAGUGUCACCUGCAGGAAGACUUGCAUUAACAGGAUCUCCGGGAGGAGCCUUACUCUUGGUAACUGGCACAUCAUGUCAGUUUGGGCAUUAUACAGAUUUUCAUUGGCCCAUUCCCAAAGGGGAAGUCCAGGCCACGCACUAAGUUCUUUGUGGCCCCUUGUGUCCAAAUGUGUGUGCAGGUUUUUCCCAGGUAACUGACAUGGGCAUUUAAGAAAGACACUUUUAAAGUGGGCUUGUUUUUGUUAGACUUUUUUUCUCCCUCAGACUUAUUUGCACUUUAUUUCCAGGGAGGAGGUUGUGGAGGUUUUAAAGCCUAAAACUUGUACUGUAGCAAUUGCCAAUGGAAUAUUUAAUUUUGAGCUGAAAAAUUAUUUCUGCCACUAAAAUAAAUGUACUGUAACAAUCUA